AUGGAGCUGCUGAAUGCGCGUCAGCGUGUGUUCAAAGUGGCCGAGACGGUCCAGAACCAGUCGCCCUUAGAGGAAACAUUCGGACCGGUACCAAAAACGAGCGGUGCAGGUGCGGAUGUGGGUGCGGCUUCGGGUGCGGUGUCAGAGGAAGGUGGUGCAGAU